AUGGACGGAAUCGUGAGAGAAGCACUCCAAGGGCUUUCAGGCAUUGUCGGCGACAGAUUUUUAUCUGAUCAAGCAACCUUGGUCAAGCGGCCAACAGAAGAGCAGCUGGUCAAAUUGUUGAAGUCUUCUCCGCCUGACCAAGGGAGGUCACUGGAAGACGUUGUGAAAGAGUUCGAAGAUAUUCUCUCCUAUGGAUUCAACGUCAAUCACCCAAGAUUCUACGCCUUUGUGCCCUCGGCAGCCUCUCCUCUAUCGUGGUUGGGAGAUGUCAUUUCGACCUCUUUCAACAAUUAUGCAGGGAGUUCAGAGUCGGGUGCCGGUAUCUGCGCGGUAGAAGAAUCUAUCAUUCGCUGGGUAGCCGAAAAGUUCGGACUGCCUCCAUCAGCAGGGGGACAGUUUGUGUCCGGUGCCUCCCUUGCUUGCCUUACUGCAUUGACUGUUGCACGGGACCAGCUUGUGGAAGAUGACAUGCGCACAAAAGCAACAGCAUAUGUGACAGAGGAGACGCACUUCUGUAUAGCAAAAACGCUCCAUAUAACGGGCCUUUUAAAGCAGCAGAUAAGGACCGUGCCCUGCAAUGCCGAAUUUCAGAUGGAUCCGGAGAGUCUUCGCCGGGCGAUCACCCAGGACAUCGAAAACGGAUUAAAGCCUUAUGUGGUAAUCACAACCUGCGGCUCAACCAGUACCGGAAGCAUCGAUCCUCUUGACGCAAUUGCAGACAUAGCCGCAGAGCAUGGACUGUGGAUGCACGUCGACGCUGCGUAUGGAGGAUCCGUCGCUUUCUGCCAAUCGCGCAGGAACCUUCUGCAAGGUAUCGGCCGCGCUGACAGCAUCGCCUGGGAUCCUCACAAGUGGCUCUUUCAAACCUAUGGCUGUAGUGUUGUCCUUUUCAGGGACAAGUCCCAUCCAAGAGAGAGUUUCGCCACAACCGCGCACUUCUUACGCGAUGUCGAAGACGGCUAUGUUGAAAAUCCUUUCAACUUCGGGAUCGAAUUGACACGACCAGCUUGUCACAUGAGGCUUUGGUUCUCCCUGCAAAUUCUCGGGACGGACAUGAUUGACCGGAUGGUUCUGCGUGGAUUCGAACUUUCGGACCUCGUUCAGACUGAGCUGAGUAAGCUCAGCGAGUGGGAAAUCGUCACACCUAGUAACAUGGCUGUUAUCAACUUCCGUUUCAAUCCGCAUGGAGUGAGUACAGAGGCCAUUGAUGAUAUCAACAGCCUUGUGUCCAAGAGAAUGUUGGCCCAGAACAUCGCAGUCGUGCUCACCACACGUUUUCGCGGGGUUGUCUGCCUUCGUAUGUGUACAAUCAACCCACAGACUACAGAUGACGAAAUUCGCGAUAUAAUCGACGCUCUGAAUCGGAAUGCACGACUGAUUAGCAAAGGAAUCAUAGAUUGA